AAGAACACCACAUUUUCAUAGAAACCAUGGCGUGGCUCAUUACAGUCCUCUUGUGUUUCACGGCAGCUGCAGCACUACGUACACUCAAGGACAAUGAAAAGCAAGUGCCUGGAGAGGUAAUGUACACCAAUGAAGCAAAGCAGGCAAAUCCCGAGUCCAUCCUCUUGUAUAACAAGGAAACGAAGCGGGCAAAUCCCGAGUCCAUCCUCUUGUAUAACAAGGAAGCGAAGCAGGCAAAUCCCGAGUCCUUCGUCUUCUAUAACAAGGAAGCGAAGCAAGCAAAUAAGGAAGAAAAGCAAGCAAAUCCUGAGUCCUUCGUCUUCUAUAACAAGGAAGUGAAGCAGGCUAAUCCCGAGGCCUUCGUCUUCUAUAACAAGGAAGUGAAGCAGGCAAAUUCCGAGUCCUUCGUCUUCUAUAACAAGGAAGUAAAGCAGGCAAAUCCAGAGUCCUUCGUCUUCUAUAACAAGGAAGCGAAGCAAGCAAAUAGGGAAGAAAAGCAAGCAAAUCCUGAGUCCUUCGUCUUCUAUAACAAGGAAGUAAAGCAGGCUAAUCCCGAGGCCUUUUUCUUCUAUAACAAGGAAGCGAAGCAGGCAAAUCCCGAGUCCUUCCUGGAAAGUGAAGUUUGACUAAGAUCCUUUAUGCUAGGAGACAAAGAUCUCUUACUAUAUACCGUUGAUAUUUUGCAAAGCUCUACUGUAUUAAGAUAAUAAGAAUAUGAAGUUUAAAGUAGAGCCUUACAAUAAAAAA